UUGACUCAACUCUACAGUUACGGUGUGAACCCUAAAUCACAAAUUAGAGCAAACCCUUCUUGUUCAUUACUUCCUGUUCAUUUGAUUUCUUUUUCUACACACAAUGCAUCAUUUCAUCUUUAUUAUUUCUCAAAUCAAUUAAUGUUUUUUCUUUGUUGCAGCUAUGGCAUUCCAGGAUCACCUUCUUUUCAUGGAACAACUCAGUCGGUAGCUUAACAAUGGGAAGAAAACAUAAAAAGUCUACUCGUCCUCGCCAAACAGUGAUUGAAACGGUGGUGACAGAUAUGAUUAGCUGCUUACCUGGUCAUGUAAUAGACCAAAUUCUGUCUUACUUGCCAAUUAGGGAAGCAGUGAGAACAAGUGUUUUAUCCAAAAUAUGGAAGAACAAAUGGUACACACUGCCAAAUCUUGUGUUUAAUAAACAAGGUGUCUCUGAUGUAGCUUCGGAAUAUGCUUUAGUUAAUCAUAACAAGAUUGUGAAAAUUGUUGAUCAUGUACUUUUAAUUCAUUCGGGGCCAAUCAACAUGUUCAAGUUCACUGUAGAUGAAGAUGAUAUCAUUGGUGAAAUUCUUGUGACUGAUAUGGAUCGGUGGAUUCUCCAUCUAACCGGAAGGUCCAUUAAAGAGCUUGUGUUGGAAUUUCAAUUUCUAACAGAGGAAGAAGAAGAAUACUAUAAGAUACCUUGGUGCUUAUUCUCUUGUCAAAGUUUACAUCAUUUGAAACUAAAAUGGUGUUGGCUUAAUCCUCCAAAGGUGUUUGAAGGCUUUAGGAACUUGAGAAGUCUUGAUUUAAAUUUGGUUACUAUGACUCAAGAUGCUUUUGAAAACAUGAUAUUUGGAUGCCCUCUGCUUGAAAAUUUGAAAUUGAAAGAAGUUGACGGUUUAACCCAAAUUAAUAUUCACGCACCAAAUCUCAAGAUUUUUGAAGUCUUCGGUGAAUUUGAGGGUAUUAGCUUUGACAACACUUUCCAAUUAGUUACGACAAUAGUUGAUUCAAGGUUUAAUUUGAGUCCUGAAAACGAUCAGAGUAUAUUGCAUGGACCCUCUAGCAAUUUGCUCGAUUUUUUCGAUCAUCAAUCUCACCUGCAAAGCCUAGUGAUUGGUAGUUGUUUUUUAAAGUAUUUGGCUGCAGGUAUUUUGCCAAUGAAGCUUCCUAUCUCUUGUAUUGGCCUAAGUUAUCUUUCCUUAAGCAUAAACUUUGAUGACUUGAAGGAAAUUUCGGCUGCUCUUUGUUUGCUCAGAAGCUCACCUAAUCUUAAAAAAUUAGAAAUAUCUGCACGGAUUGAGCUGCAUACUGUCCCUUUGACACCCGUCAGUGUCUAUUAUUGGGAUGAUACAUUUUCAAGGCCAGACACACCCAUUCAAGUGCAAUAUGUGACAAUAGAUAGCAUCUCUGGUUUCCAACCUGAACUGGAUUUGAUCAGAUUUCUACUUCUCUAUUCGCCUAUGCUAGAAAAGAUGAUUGUGAAGCCUAUUGUAAAUGUCAGACCGGAGUUGGUUCCAGAAUUAAUUCGGUUCAAAAGAGCGUCAGGAGAAGCCGAAGUUAUUUACGAGGUGGAAGACUCUUCAUAAUGAUUUGUUUUCUCCUUAAAUCAUCUAAUGUAUUAUGACUUUAAAGGUAGUUAUGACUGAAGUUGAACUUUUUAAUUAAGUGGCAAAUUAUAAGUGAUUGACACUUAAGUUUUUGGUUGUUGAUAAAUAUAUUCCCUAAAUUAAAGUUA